AAAGCUUCAUUUACUCAAGCGGUUAAAAAGCAAAACACAGAUUUCCUGCAGACAUAAAUAUUCCAUGAUUUUAUCAACAAUAAAAAUAUGCAGCCCCGACUUUUAUGAAAUAUGCUUAAGUUCACAAGCACGUGCACUUCCCAGUGUAAACUUUUGCCACCUUUGGCAUGUGAAUGCCAUGUCAGAUGUUGGAAAUGUGAGCGUUUAAUGAAGGUGCUGCUGCCGCUGCUGAUUAAGGACACGCGGGUGACGAUGGCUGAGGACAUAAAGGCCAAACUGGAGAACUAUCGCACCGCUCCAUUUGACGCCAGGUUCCCCAACCAGAACCAGACCAGGAACUGCUGGUCCAACUAUCUCGAUUACCAUCGCUGCCAGAAAGCUCUGGAUGCAAAAGGUGCGGACAACGCCCCAUGCGAGUGGUACCGGAGGGUCUACAAGUCGCUCUGCCCCAUGUCCUGGAUCCAGAAGUGGGACGAGCAGAGAGCGGAGGGGACGUUCCCCGGAAAAAUCUAACGACCACCGUCAACACAGACGAGAAUGUGAUUAACAGCCUUGUGCUUGUGCUUGGGGAGCGUGUUGCUCCAUCAAAAACUUUACCGACUCGAAAUGCGCAUUCCUUACAAUCACCAUUAAAAAUGUAAAGCAG